AUGGCUUCACCAUCACGUCUCUAUGAUAAAUUAGAACAAUGUAAACAAAAUAAAGAUUUUUAUCAAGCUCAUCAAAUUUGUCGUACAAUCUAUGUUCGUCUUCGUUCAUCAACAAAUGGUGAAGAUAUUUUAAAAUUUCUUUUUGAAUCAGCUUGUUAUUUUCUUGAACAUAAUCAAUUAAAUAGUGGUUAUGAUUUAUGUAAAUCUUAUACAGAAACAUUAAAUAAUUCGAAUAUAAAUGAUUUAACUGAUAAUCUUCUUAAAGAAAUUUGUAAUUUAUUUCAAUUAUUAAAAUCUAAUUAUGAUGAACGAACAGAAUUUGCUUGUAGUGUUUUACGUUGGUCAUCACAUAUAUCAUAUAAACAACAAGAAGAUGAACAAUUACCUAUACUUCAUUUAGAAUCAAAUUCAUCAUUAUCAACAUCAAUACUUUCAACAUUAACUGAAUCAAAUUCAUCAACACAAAUAUCAAAACGUCGAAUUUAUCAUAAAUUUGGUCAUCCAAAAUUACAUGAAUGUUUUGCACGUAUACUAUGGGAACAAGAAAAAAAUUAUAAAGACAGUCGUUAUCAUUAUUUACGUUCGUAUGAUGGACGUUCAUUUGCAAUAAUGCUUAUUGAAGCACAUCAAACACUUGGUUAUCCAUCUGAAAUUGAUUUAUUUAUCGCACAAACUGUUUUACAAUAUUUAUUACUACGUAAUUUUCAUACAGCUUAUCUUGUUUUUGUAACUUAUGUUGAACAACAUCCAAAAAUUCGACAACAACCGCCAGGACCAUUUAAUAUUGGUUAUCCAAUGUUAAAUUUUCUUUGGUUUCUUUUAUUAUGUUUAAAAAAAAUUCUUGUUAAAACACCAAUUAAUAAUAAUAAUGUAGCUAGUGGAGAACCAAUUCAUCGAUCAGAUGGAUUACCAUCAUCCGAAACGACUCGUUGUUUUUCAUCAUUGGUUAAUGCAUAUAAACCAUCACUUGAACGUGAUUCAACUUUACUUCAAUAUGUUGAUAGAAUUGGUACAUUAUUUUUCGGUCUUAAACAAAAAUCUUCAUCACCAUCAUCAAAUCCAUUUGAAAAUCUCAUGCAAUCAUUGACAUCAAAUUUAUCAAAUGGUGCUCGUGGUAGUAUACAACAACAUCAAUCUGAUUUAGAUCUUGAUGUUGAUUAA